AUUCGGUCAUCGCGUUGUGACUCGGGUUGGAAUUGUGUUUCGUGGAUAAACGGUACAGUGAGCGAAAAAUAUUACGACUCGUCAGUACAAAGGAUUGAAGUGAACUACGUGGUGAAAAAUAGUUGAAAAAAACAGCCGUGGUGUUUAGCAUGGGUGGUGAACGUUUGAAUCUGUCGAAAAUCAGGGUUUUCGGUGUGAUUUGUUCACAAGUGCAGUUUUUCCUGUGCUUAUUAUACACUUAGCUGGAUUAAAUAAAACAACAAUUACCGAUAGAUGAGUCUUCAGGACGGUAUUUUCGCCGAAGAAGUGGAGAAUGAUAUAACGCUGUUCGCGGAGAACGCGAGGCGAAAGAGAGUACUGAUAUUCCCUCCGGUAAAUAAUUAUCGGAGAUUCAUUAUUCACCAAUUGGUCCAAGAUCGAUUUUCCGAUCUUCUGAAAACUUUCUCGAUCGGCCAAGGCCCGGCGAGAAGAACUGUCGUCUGCUACCAAUCCGACGUUCUGAGAGACCCGAAAUUGAAUGGUGUCCCAUCGAGAACGUGCGUCGAGCUCACUGACUCUCGUCCGCUGGAUUCGGCUUGUGGAGCUAUGCGCGUCGAAGAGGCUCGACGACCACCGGAAAAUUCGGCAUCCCCGGAACACUCGAAAAUGAGACAAGUGAAAAUGUCGCCAGCUGUUGAAAUCUACAGACCACCCGCGGCGAGGAGAGCGAGUAAAGACGGCCAAUUGUCCUCAACUGGCCUGAUUCAUAACGACUCGGCUAGUAGCUCCUCUGCAAAAGCGAACCGUCAACGAAGACCGGAUCGUGCAGUUUACGUGCCAAAGCAUCGUCGAAGUACGGAAGCGGAGGAGAGUGGAAACGGGCAAAUUGCCGAUGAAAUAAUUUCUCCGGCUUGUAGAUCGAGAUGCAAUCGUACGAGAACGAGUUCGCCGUCGUUGGAGAACGACUCGUUUAGAAAGCAUGUAUCACCGCACGAUCACGACAGGAACGAGCAUCAGCAUCAACACCGGAAUUCCGGGGGAUCGUGGGACAAGAAAAGUAUUUCCUCAAUGCGAUCCUCCUCCCGGGAAUCUCGGAGCAAGUCGGACGAACGAGGAGAAACGAGCGAGGAAGUUGAAUCCGUGCUAUUUAACGAACGAACGAGGAAACCGCCGGAAAAUUAUUCGAAUGAAACUUGUCACGAAUUCCCGGAACAUCGACGAAAUGAAGUUUUCACGGAAAUUCCGUCCUUGAGCCAGCAAAAGCUGGUCGAUGGUAACCUAACCAAUACGUGUAGUAACGUCCCGUUCGAAAAAAACGACGAAUCUCUGGAGAGCAACGAUCAAAGACGGAACAGCGAUUUCGAUAUGAUCCCUGAGCUUGAUUCUUCGUCGUCCUCUUCUUCGUCUUCAAACUCCACUGUUAAAGAUCCCGAACUAACUGAACCCCUCGAUUCUCAUAAACAAACGAAUAAUAAAAAUCUUUCUGUCCCGAUUCCUUGCAACGUCUCGAAUGUCCUUAUUAUUUCGGAUCCCAAGGAACACGAGAAGAAUAAUAAGAUGAUAAACGUUGAUAAGGAAAACACUACUGUUAUAAGCCCGCCCGAAAAGAAACCCAAAAAAGUCGCCAGGGUCAAAAGCAAACCCGCUUCGCCACCCUCACCGCCCAUCAAACUCAAUCGUGACGAGUGCGAUUGGGACAGCCUUUUCGAUGACAACGGUGAAUGCCUCGAUCCAACAUUGAUUGAGGAACUGACGGCUGCCGUCGGCGAAGUCACGAUAGAACAACCGAAAAAUGAUUACAAAGCUUUCAGCAGACCGGUCGAAGUUUCGAGCGACGAAUUCGGUCAUGUCAUCGAAAUUUAUAAUUUUCCAUCCGACUUCAAAACGUGUGAUCUCGCAGCGGUUUUUAGUCCGUGGAAAAAUGGGGGUUUUGAACUCAAAUGGGUCGACGAUACCCACUGCCUUGGAGUAUUUAGCAGUCCCCUCGUUGCUGCCGAAGUGUUGGGCUCGGAUCAUCCGUUUGUGAAAACAAGACCUCUCAGUGCUGCAACUUCACUGAGCAAAACGAAAGCCCGGAAAAGCGUUGAGUUUUUACAACCGUACAAAAGUCGUCCACAAACCUGUGCCGCCCUCGCGAGACGUCUCGUUACAGGAGCCCUCGGCCUCAAGCUCGCCACGGCUAGACAAGAACGAGAACAAGAAAAACUCCUCCUGCGAGAAGCCAAAGAGAAAAGAAGACUGGCGAACAAGCAACGCGAGGACGUAUGGGAGGGAAUAAUAACCGAGAAAUAGUGUGAUUAGAUAUUAGAAAAGGUAAAAAAAAAAAAUUGAAAAAAGAUAAGAAGACGAAGAAAAAAGCAUCAUUGUGCCUUACUCAUCUAAUAAUCACGAUCGACAGUAAUCGAAAAUAAUCGAGCUGAUACGGCUAAAGAAAGAGGUUUUGGGAUCAUAAUGGGAAGAAAUUUAGCCAACAUAGAUGAGUGUGGCAUGAGGCGAAAAAUGAAUCAGGGAAAAAAAGAGAAAGACUAGAGAUUGAAAGGAAAAAUAAAUAAACACAAAAAGCUGUAUGUGCCUCGAGAGUCGACAAGCAGGGAGGAUAAAUAGUUUUUUGUUUUCAUAAAAGUGCAUAUCACCUAAAAUAUCGAUGAACAUUAUCACGGCUAGUUAUUAAAAUCAUUUCGUUUGACAUUUCAACAACAGGGUCGUGCAGUUUCAAGAAUAUUUUAAUAGGCCAACUUUCAUUCAAAUAAUAGACGUAAAUAUAUAUUUUUAUUUACGACCAUUUUUUUCAAUUAUCGUUGCAGUUUAUCGAUUAUUGAUUCAAAUCGAUCGGACUUUUGUUGUUACCUUUAUAUCAACAGGGUUGUGCAGUUUCAUGAGAUGUUAUAAUAGAACAAGUCUUUCAUUCGUAUUCAAAUAUUUUUCGUUUUCGUAAAUCGAGAAUCUAUCACGCUACCGCAGGAAGAUUUGAAGAAUAAACGAAUCGAAAAUUCGAUGUUACAAGUCGCGAGCAGUUGUAUUUUUCAUUUUUUUUUUUUUUUUUCAAUGUUUCCUUCUCAAACCGUCAAGACUUUUGUCACGUUUACGAAUUAGCGAAAUUCCUCAAUACAUUAACUGCCUCCGUUUACUGUUUUACACAGGAAACCAAAAAGUACCAAGCGAACUUGAUAUUCGAUACGAGACAAUAAUUCAAAGUUGUAAGAACACUUUUCCGCUCCCUCCCAUCCCGUAGCCACAAUAAAAGACGUUUAACGUGUAAAAGGCCGUUGUUAUAAUCAAGAGGGCAUUUCAACAAGGCAUUUACACAUUCGAAAAGAUGUUUCGAUGAAAUCGUGAAAUCAGAGUGCAAUUUUCAAUGCCGAAUUUCUUUUAUGUCAAGAUUUUUUACUAUAUGACGCACAAACGUGCUUAAGCGCGAAAAUAAUCGAGAGAAUAAAUAUAAAAAAAUUCAGUUCCCAACGACAGAGAGAAAGUUGAUAGAUUAUAUAAUCCGGAAUACACAGAUUGUAUUUUUGUAUACAAUUGUUACCAAUGAAUAAUAAAAACGAAAAAAUAUGUAUUGCCAAUGUACCUAGUCAUUAUGUGAAAAAAAUAACAAACAACCGUGUUACCUGUAUGUUGUGUUACGUUGCAAUGUGUUAAUCGUUGAGAACGACACGUAAAGGAUGUUACAAUAAACAUAUUUUAUGAAUUGCA